UUUCUUCUUCGUGUCUCUCUCCAAACUUCCGUAUUGACUUCUUCUGCCCCCCUCCGGACAGAACGAGAAUCACACCUGAGAAUCACCAGUGCAGCGAUCAGAGAAACAACCAAAGCUUAACUGAAGGAAGAGCCAGCAGCAGAUCAUGUCUGUCUCUCAGAUCACCCCCACGCUGUUCCUGGGAGGGGCCGACGCCCCACUCAACGCCUCGCUGAUGUCACAGAAAGGCAUCACGCUGAUCGUCAACGCCACCAUUAACCACGCCUGCCCCGCAUACCCAGGGGUGGAGUUUGUGCGGGUUCCCGUGUCGGACCUGCCCAGCGCUCGCCUUGGAGACCACUUUGACCGGGUGGCUGAGCGUAUCCAUGGAAACCAUGCAGGUGGCACUCUGGUGCACUGUGCCGCAGGCAUGAGCCGCUCCCCGGCGCUGGUGAUGGCAUACUUGAUGCGUUUCAGAGCAGUGACUCUGUGCCAGGCGCACCGCUGGGUUCAGGAGAGUCGGCCGUACGUGCGUCUGAACGCUGGCUUCUGGGAGCAGCUGCUGCGGUACGAGAGGAAGCUGUACGGGAAAAAUACUGUCAGGGUUGCUGCGGUCGAGGAAACGCCACCACCGCCACUCACACCGAGGACGCAGAGGUGGACGCGGGCGAUGCCGCCGCAGCAGACAAACUGGUUAACGCAGGUUCCAAGGUCACCUGUGAUGAGCCGGGCGUCUCUGAUUUCACGCUCACAGUUGCUGACUCCAACAAACCAACGAAGAAGAGGAACCAAAUCCAGCAGCUUCAAAGUCUGAGCAAUUAAGACUACAUUACCCACAAUCCAUCUGGACCACUGACUGACUACACUCUGACAGUUCAUGUUGUCAGUAGGAACAUUUUGUUUAAGUGACCAUAUUUGGACAAGUGGGUGGAGUCGUUUGCCUUGAAGUGAUUUCCCUCGCCCCUCUGCGGCUCCACCCACUUGUCCAUAUAUGGUCACUUCUAGUUAUAAAAAAUAAAGAUGGCGAUGAUGUUCAUGUAGUAAAUUAUGGUCUCAUUUAAAGUCCAAAAGACCAUAAACCAGAGGGGUUUAGGGAGGGGCUACCUGUGAUUGUCACCAUGGUGACCUGUCAAUCAGAAUAAAGUUGUUGCUAUGUGUCACCAUCCUCUCGUCCAAAUAUGGUCAGAAGAUGUGAAACAGAAUCAGCCUAUCACCUGCA